GUUAUAAACACUGGUUACCCUGUUAUAAAUACUAGUAACCCUGUUAUAAGCACUAGUAACCCUGUUAUAAACACUGGUAACCCUGUUAUAAACACUGGUAACCCUGUUAUAGACACUGGUAACCCUGUUAUAAACACUGGUAACAUUGUUAUAAACACUAGUAACCCUGUUAUAAACACUGGUAACCCUGUUAUAAACACUAGUAACCCUGUUAUAAACACUGGUAACCCUGUUAUAAACACUAGUAACCCUGUUAAAAACACUGGUAACCCUGUUCUAAACACUAGUAACCCUGUUAUAAACACUGGUAACCCUGUUAUAAACACUGGUAACCCUGUUAUAAACACUGGUAACCCUGUUAUAAACACUAGUAACCCUGUUAUAAAUACUGGUUACCCUGUUAUAAAUACUGGUUACCCUGUUAUAAACACUAGUAACCCUGUUAUAAGCACUGGUAACCCUGUUAUAAAUACUGGUUACCCUGUUAUAAACACUGGUAACCCUGUUAUAAACACU